AUGGUUCACGCCGCCGUUGGGCAGUUAUGCGCAACAGCAAGCAUAACCUCCAAUCUAGUACAAUGCCAAACAUUAGUUCGAAAAGCGGCAGCAGCAGGUGCCAAGGUGCUGUUUCUUCCAGAGGCCGCGGAUUAUAUUGCUUCUUCCGCCGAUGAAUCUUUCUCUCUGGCACAGUCGCCGGACAGUGGAAACUUUGUUUCCGAAUUGCAAAAGAUCGCCAAGCUCGAGAGCAUGCAUAUCAAUGUUGGAAUCCAUGAGAUGGCUUCAGAACACAAGCUAAAGAAUUCAUUGAUUUGGAUUGACGAUAAGGGUGCCAUCACCCAGAAUUACCAGAAGGUCCAUCUAUUCGACGUCGACAUCAAGGGUGGACCUGUUUUGAAAGAGAGCACGAAUGUCCAGCCUGGACAGAAAAUCCUCCCGCCUUUCGAGACCCCUGUUGGGCGCAUCGGGCUAGCGAUUUGCUUUGAUCUGCGAUUCCCAGAGAUUAGUCUUGCACUGAGGCGCCAAAAUGCCGAAAUCAUCACCUACCCAUCGGCCUUUACAGUCCCAACUGGCAGGGCUCAUUGGGAAUCGCUGCUUCGUGCACGAGCUAUUGAGACACAGUCAUAUGUGAUUGCGGCCGCACAAGCGGGUCCUCAUAACGAGAAGAGGCGAAGUUAUGGCCAUUCCAUGAUCAUCAAUCCGUGGGGCGAAGUGGUAGCGCAGCUGGGCGAUGAACAUCAAGAGCCAGAAAUAGCGACCGCGGAGAUUGAUCUCGACCUCGUGUCGAAGAUAAGGCGAGAGAUGCCCCUGUUGCGGCGGACUGACCUGUACCCGGAAGUGUAA